CGCGCGUCUCUUCGCUUUUGAAAAAGCAUUCGAAAUAUGAAUCGGAUUCCGUUAAUCGAUGUUCGAAAUACGAAUUGGAUUCGGUUGAAUUUUAAUUGUCAUUUGAAUUUGGGUUUGGAUUUCAAACGUUCUAUUCACGUGAGUUUUUGAAUCUGUGCCCGUGUUGUGUUUUAUGAUAUGGAUUUUUAUAUUUCGAGAUAGUAUUCGGCCACGAUAAACAAAAAAUAUUGAAGAAAAUCUUGGAACGGCUCCAAAAAUAUUUGGACCUAAGGACGAUCCAUUAGGAAAAUGAAAAGGUACCGCUGGUGAUGAAAUAGUGUACUGUGUUGAUACAGUGACAUCAAUGUGUUCUUUGGACGAUCUGGUGAUUUCUGGUGAUUCAGUGCUGGUGAUUCGGACGCCUGAUGGUGAUCAUGGCAAAGGAUAUGAACUUGUGUGUGCUGGUGAUAGUGGUUGUGUUGCAGACUUUGAUUCAUUCCAGUUUGGAGAUCAUAGAUUUACAUGUAAUACAAGUAUGGUCAGCGCCGGGCGGUAUGACGCGGUUACCGUGCGAUCUGGCAGCUCCGGUCAGCGAAGUCGCCUUGAUGUUUUGGUUCAAAGAAGGAGACAGAAUGCCCAUUUACACAGUCGACUUCAGAAACGGCCCGCCAGUCCACUGGGCAGUAGCUGGAGAAUUCGGAGCUCGAACUCACUUCGUUCUCAACGAGUCUGAUCCAUCAUCAGCUCACUUGGUGGUGGAGAAGGUGGCUCGUCAGGAUGAAGGAGUGUAUAGGUGUAGAAUAGAUUAUGUUGACGCACCUACUAGAAAUUAUAGAGUCAAUUUGACAGUUAUAGUUCCCCCAGAAGCCCCUCGGAUAUAUGAUUAUGAGGGUACUGAGAUCUUGGGGUCUGUUGCUGGGCCCUUCAGGGAGGGACAGAAUUUGUUGCUGUCUUGCCAGGCAGCUGGAGGUAAACCGCCCCCAGACGUGUCCUGGUAUAAAGGCGAUGAGAGACUAGCAUACACGAAAGAAGGUUCCGUCUCCCAGCUGCAUCUGCCCAAUCUAUCCAGAGAGAUGACUGGUACCAAGCUGCAGUGUCGUGUGGAACCUCCAUUGCUGCAGCCACAGUCCAGAGAAGUUACUUUAAGAUUAUAUUUAAAACCUCAAUACAUUCGAGUGACUGGCAGUGGGUCCACUAGAGCUGGCAUGGAUAAAUCCUUCGUAUGCACGACGCGAGGUUCGAAGCCAGCCCCGAACAUUGAGUGGUUCAUUAACUCACAGCUUGUAGAUUCCACAUUGACACAAGUGGAAGUAGAUGGGGAAGUAACGAAGAGUGUGCUGACGUGGCAUGUACGUCGAGAGGACAGCGGGAGACAGCUGACCUGCCGCGUCUCCAACCCCUGGUUCCCAGCACAUACGCUGGAGGAUUCAGUCACCUUGGAUGUCAUGUACCCACCAGUAACACAAAUAUCCCUGACUGAGCCAAAAGAGCCUCGUCUGCUUCGAGAAGACGAAAAUGCUGAACUCCUCUGUUCAGCAGACGCGUCACCACCGGCUGUCAACUUCACAUUCUAUAAGGGACCAGAAGUCCAUCUAAUAAGAGACGAUCCCAUAGGAGGUCUAUCGAUAGAAAAUAACAGACUUGUCAUCAGAGGGUUGAGGAGACAUCACUCCACUGUGUACCGGUGUCGAGCCAGGAAUUCUGAAGGCAGUGCACUCAGUGACCCGCUCACUUUGAAUGUGUUAUCACGGCCAGAAUGUGCAGCUGGUAAUGUAGUCCAGCAGUUAGCAGGAGCACCUGGAGGUGAAGUCAGGGCAAGAUGCUCGGUGACUGCACCAGCGAGCCGAGACGCUGGUCCACUGAGGUUCUACUGGACUUACAAUGGAACUAAAGAUGUGUUGCCGAUACCAGCAGCUAACGUGACAGUGAUGGGUUCUACCAGCACAGUGAUCCAUGGUCUACACUCCGAUGUAGAUGAGGAUUUGGGCUGGUUGGCGUGUUGGGCAAGCAAUGAUGUCGGGAAUCAGCGGGAGCCAUGCCUGUUCAGGAUCUUACCAGCUGCGCUCCCUGAACCACCAAGCAAUUGCGAGAUAGAGAACGAGCUGCUUCACUGCGAACCAGGUCAUGAUGGUGGUCUUCCUCAGCGGUUCCUUCUAGAAGCUUUGGAGGUACGGCAUCGCGCUGAAACCGCGCGAGAAGACAAUGAGAUCUCCACGAUGAAUGAUCAGGGAAUAUCAGCCUUUGGAUUAACUGAAGCUGUGUAUCGUGUCAGAAACGACAAGCCUCAGUUCGCUCUAGAUGCUUUGUCUCCUGGGAAGUAUACAUUGCUGGUUUACGCUGAAACUCCUCGUGGAAGAUCACAAAGACCUGCCGCAUUGCACAGCGUACAGAUACGAACUGCUGAUGACUUGGAUAGACCUGGUUCUCUCCAAACGAUGACACCAGCACCUCCCCCGCAGCCACCAACUACUGACAACAGUGUGGCACUACUGGUCGGAGCUGCACUGUCUCUAGUACUACUGACUAUCCUCACUACUCUGUGUGUCGCUAUGAUAGUCAUGUGCAAGAAGAAGAGUAGACCGAGGGAUCCAGAACAGAGCACAAUACUUAGAAGAAACGUAGGGGUAUCCAUGUAUGGUGGUGGAUCUACCAUUUCUUCCAACGUGAUGCCCACAGUUGUGGUGAGAGGCCACAGAGGCUCCAGGGUCCUGGCUGCGAGGUGGUCAGGAGUGCUUGAUGAUGCUCCACUUGCUGUACUGGCUCUAGACACCAGGCCUCAUGGUGACUCAGAUUUAAGUCGAAGUGAAGACGACAUACAAGAGACUGAACUGACGAGAAACGAAUUAGAAACACGCACUUAAUAUAUUGUAUAAUUGUAUAUAUAAUUUAUAUAAAAUAUCUUGAGAAGGUCUUGUAUUAGUGUUGUAUAAUAAGAUAAAUGUAAUGAUUGAUGAAAGAUCAAACAACGCUAAAUGUAUUCAAGAAAGUAAUGUCGGUGAUUACAAAUAAUAAUGAAUCAAUGUGUUGUAUUUAUUGUAAUAAUGGCAUAGAGUGAGUUACAUGGAAAGUAUAAUUAUAAAAAUAAAUUAGUUAGGGAUAAGUACCUACGCAAAAACAACGCUUUAAAAUUUGAAUUAUAGAGAUAUAUUCAAUUAAUAUUAAAGAUUGAACUGCACUAUAAAUCAUUAUUGAUGAAAUAGUUUAUUUAUACAUAUAUAAAAACAGUUGAAGAAUUUUUUGAAAGACACAAAUCAUGUCAUUUCAAUAAUAGUCUUAUUUUACUCUUAUAAAUAUGACAAGUUGCUGUAUCGCACUAUAUGAAAUAUACUUAUUUCAUAAAAGGGAACUGUAGCGAUAAGACAUGCGUUACCGGAAUAAUGACCAAGAUAUCACACUUUAUGAUAAAUCGUGGAAGAUUUAUUAUUCCGAGGGAAUUUACUGCAUCAUGCACUCUGAGGACUCACGUAUGGCGAUUUUUCAUGAGCUCACUGCUCGCUAUUAUGGAUAUAUUUCAAAGAAAAAUUACUACAGUUGCAUUUAAAUCCACUAGAAAUAGCCACUUCAUUGUAGAGACUUUAUAACAUUGUUAACCUAUUUUACAUUUACAUGACUUUAUUAUAUUAUCCAAUUGAUUUCAAAGUUAUCUUAUAGUUUUCGUAUCAUGAAGGCUUACUCCAAUAUCUAACUCGGCGUAAUGGUUACAGAAAAAGAAAAGAAUUCGCGUAACAUUCUCUAUAAAUGACUCCAACAUGAAAUAUACCCAUAAAUCCGAACAAUAUCACUUUAUAUCUUGCUUUGCCGAGCCUGACGCAGGCUUUUAGAGCCAAAAAGUACCAUAAAUUGUAGGCACUCUACAGUUUCGCUGUACAAUAAGAUUAUUAUGUAUGGAAAGCACGAUCAUUCUACCAAGUAGGUACUUACUAAGACGACAGCUGAUCAUCUAUGUUACAACCCUGUCAUAAUAUAUCUAACUAAAAUCACAAUACGUGAGCUCAUAAUAGAAUAUGAUACGUUAUAAUAUUUCUAGCAUAAUAAAUUGCACACAAUUUAUCAAGAUGAACAAUGCCUUAGAAAACGUAAUAUAAUUUUUGCGUCUUAUUGAAUUUCAUAAGAAAGAAUAUCUAUUAUUACUAUUAUGAAUAUAACAUAAAA